AUGAAGAACCUCGGGCUGGCACACCACUUCCACGGCAAGGCGCAGCAGGUGGGAGCCGCUGAGUGCAAGCAGGAGAACUGGCAGGCGAUCACCGAGCUCAUCCAGAAGCUGGAGAAGCGGCACGGUGCUGACGCGCUCUACGAAGACAAGGAGAACCAUAGCCGCGGCGCCGUUCGUAAGAAUGGCGGUGGCGGCGGCGGCUGCAUCCAGGACCAGCAUGCCGAAUCCCUCCACAUGCCCGCUACCCGACAACGAGCGCUCGGCAUCAAGGAGGUAGAGUCGCUCGCCCUUGAUGAAGUGGCCAAGAAGAUGACCGGCCGACGCGCGGCAUCGCUUGGCCGUACAGAGCUGGCCUACAUCGUUGAAGUCCACCACGCGCAGAUGAAGGACAAACUUGCAGAGAAACAGAAGCAAGUGGAGAAGCAAACCAAGAGGCAGCAGUGUGAAGAGGAAUUCGCCCUCGAGCAGUUGAAAAUGAACAUUGCCAAGCUCGAAAACACGUUGAUUAAGGCCGAGCGAUCGCCGUCGGCGGGCAGCCACGCCGAGAAGCUGCCCAACGUCAAGAGGUUGACCGAAGAGCUCAAGGCGCUCAAGAAACAGCACAUGGCCAUGCUCAUGCAAGCGGGCCUGGCGGAGGAGGAGAUCAAGAAGAAGGCGGAGGUCCUGCGACAGAAGGAGCGCGCGAUCGAUCAUCUCGCCAAGCGAGAGCAGGCCAAGCUGACACAGCGCAACAGCGACGGCGAUAUGGCGACCACGGCGAGUGCCGCCAGAGCUGCUGUCAGGGCGCCCACCAGCGACGAGCGCUACGUCGCAGACGAGAGGAAACCAAAGCCAGCUCUGGCCGUGCCCAACUCGUCCGAACCCCAGAGGAGCGACGCCAAGAUCAGCAAAGUGGUGGUGCUCAACACCGGGGCAACGAGGAGCGAUGAGAGCCCAAGCACGUCGGGCGAUGAACUGGAAGAGCGGCAGGAGGAGAAGAGGGCGAGACCGGCGGCGGCCGCAGCGAGAACGACGACCGCGAGCGGCGCGGCAGUGAAACCGAAAAGGAGCCAGAUCAAAGAGGCGAAAACGAAGACCGACGAGCGCGAGUCCAAGCCUAGGACCGUGCGGGCGACGGCCAAGCGGCGAGAACAAGGAGAAGAGCGAUCGACGACGACAAAGCGACAACAGCCGCGUGAAGAGGAGAAGCUGCAGCGCGACGACGAGCGGUUGCUGAAGAAAUGCGAAAAGGAGAGGAGGGCGAUGAAGGAGGGUCGUCAGCGCCUCCCGAGGAUCAACGAGGUGCUGAAGGGGUGGGGCGGCAGCUGCCUCCCUCCGCAGCAGCACGAGCACCACUUCCUCGACCGGCUGAACAAGGAGCGGCGCAAGCGGGUCAAGCAGAUGAGGUCCGACGCGGUGCGGAAGGUGAAGGAACGCAGAAAGAGCAGGACCAGCGCCAUCGGCGGCACCGACGAAGCGGCUUCCAUCAUCGUGGUCAAGGACACCCCGUGGGCGACGAAGCGGAAGAAGAAGGCCAGCGCCACUGCCUCCGCCGGCAAGCCCGUGCGAGGGCGACUCACCUUUGCCGACACCGAGAGCGAAGACGACGACGAAGACGACAGAAGGUGCACGGGAACGACCAUAGAUUCGAACGACGACGACGACACAUCGUCAUCAUCGUCAUCAGAAGAGGAAGACGAGGAGGUGGACGCGAUCACGGAGGGAUAUGACGAAAGCGAUGGCGAUGGCAAUGGCGAUGACCUGGUCGUUGAGAUGUGGGACGAUGGGCACGGCGAGGAGGGCGAGUACCAGGCAGCAGGGAGCAGCGACGAAGAUGAUGGGAAGAUCGUCGAGCCUCCCAGGGACGAGGGCAUCAGCAAGGUGAGCGCAACGGUCAUCCUGAACAUAGAUCCGGCGGAGAGGAGCGGUAAAGGCAGUGGCGAGCGGCGACCAAACGAGUUCCCGCACGACAACGAGGUGGAUGAGGGCGAGAGCGAGAGCGAGAACGACGACGACGAGGAGGAAAGCGACGAAGAGAGCGAGCCAGAGGCCGAAGUGCUGGGUUACUUGAGAAAGGCCAGAAAGGAGUGGCGUUGGCAGAGAGACAGACCCGAGCGAGAAAGGGUGGAGGGCAAGCGGCGGACCGCCGAGAAGCGGAGGUCGCAGGGGAGGAAGCACGAAGAGAGACGAAAGAGCGAAAAGAGAAAGGAGCAGCGGGAGCUGGACGAGGUGGUGUCUACUGACGGCGGGGAGGGCCUCGAGCGAGGGGAGCACCAGAGGGCCAAGAUGAAGGCUCUGGUGGCUGAGUAUCUUCGCGACCUGGCCGAACCUGCGACCGACCUCACCCAGCUUGAGGAAAGCUACGCAGAGCCUCUGAGUGAAGAGACCCAGCAACUGCAGGCCCUGGUUGCGGUGUUUGAAGCGCGAGCGCGGAACAGAGCCGCGGGGGAGGUGGCGCUGGACGAGGACCUGCUCCGCAUGUCACUCGAGGAGAAGAAGAGGGCCUUGUGGGGCGACAAUUACCACGCCGACAACAUCAAGUGGGCCAUCGCACAACAACAGCAGCGCCAGGCACAGAAUGGAGCUGACAAAGCAGCGACAGCGACCACAGCUGGAGUGAGACGAAGCUGA